UAUCAAAACCGGCAAAUAGAAAAUAAUAUUUUUAAUUAUUUAUAUCUUAACGAUCUUACACACAAAUGGUUUCACGUUGUACUUUAUUCUAAUCAACAGGGUAUUCAUUUCAACGAGUAUCACCGCCUUUGCUCUCAAGGUCUUUUGGGAAGCCUUUUUCGUGAUAUUUGUCAUUAACGUGUCACAAUGAAAUUCAAAUUUUGUGGAGGUGGUGACUGCCCAGAAUGGUUAUUGGUUCAGAUCAAUGCACUUUCGAGGAUGACAUCAAUUAAAAUGAAGCUUUUAGCCCAGUGCACAGUGAAUUUAUUGCUAGGAGAACCAUUCAACUUUGAAAAAGCUAAGGAGCUUAUGGCUGAUGCCAAACUGGAUGUUGAAAAUUGUAAAGCUUGUGUUGCCGCUAUAACAUUUAUUUUAAAAAAUUCUGCCUGCCAUGCUGUAUCUCAAAAUUACCUCUCAAACGAGUUACAACAAAUUGGGUUACCUCGUGAACAUGCUUCUGCAUUAUGUAAGGUGUACUUAGACAACAUAUCACAAAUAACCAAAGUUUUGAAGAAUGAAUCUUUACAAAUUGGCCGCUUAAAUUAUGCUAAUUUAUCCAAAGGGAAUGAUGGUGAAUAUUUAAUGACAUUGCAGUUUUCUAGUACACCUAAUAAGUCGGAAGAACAGAUAUUCACAUUGACCCGAGAACAAAUUCAAUUAUUAAUUUCUGAAUUCAGCAGUGUUAACAAUAGAAUGAAUGAACUAGCUCGAGAAUGUAAAGAAUAAUAAGCUAAUUCAAUUCAUUCACAACAAUAAAGGGUAAGAAGAUGAUUGGCCAGCCAUACCUGCCACUGCACCACAUGCCAAAUUUAUAAUAGUAUUUUCAUAUCCAUGUUUUUCUAU